UGAGCUGUAGUGGAUGGCGUCUGAACUCAGUUGCUGAACACGCUUUGCUCCAGGUGGCUUCAUUUGGUUGCACUUUAUUGGAGCAUUUCUGUCCGGACGGUUUGUUCCACACAAGAGAAAUUAUUUAGAGAGAUGCAAGUUAAGCAAAGUGCCUGCAGACGGUGCACAUAGUGGAUCUGGGAAGAGUGAAGUUGGAAAGCAAGCUGCUGAGAGGAACAGGUGGAGGAGCACUGGCAUCAGUAACUUUAACAGUUCGACAAUACUUAUUCCAAGAGGCUCUGGUUAUUGUCCACACGCUCGAAUGCAUUUAUCACUGGAUACUAUGAGCAUGGUGGACGAAAGCUGUCUCUCACCCAGCAACUUCCACGAAAUGGGGAAAGGUGGGGGCGUCGCAGCAGGAGGCCGCGUCCACAGCAUUGAUGUCAUCCUAGGUUUCAGCAAAGACCAGGACCCCUUGCUAAGUCCAGGUGGGGCCCCGGGAGCCCACAAAGUGGGCAUAGAUGGCCUGGCAGAACCUGGGAAGCAGCAAGAGUCCUCCUCUCACCCGUCAUACAGCGGGCACCUUUCCUCUCUGAGGAACAGCAGCACAGAGCAGCAGUACCACGACACUGGAUUGUUCACAAACAAGUGCGAUGAGGAACUGAGCGAGCUUAGGAAGAGCGUGGAGAGCGAUGAAGGCAAGUCUCCAGAGUCAUGCAAGGAGGAUCAGCCCAAGAAGAAACACAGGCGCAACCGCACCACCUUCACCACCUACCAACUUCAUGAGCUGGAGCGUGCCUUUGAAAAAUCCCACUACCCCGAUGUGUACAGCCGUGAGGAGCUGGCCAUGAAGGUGAACCUCCCUGAAGUCCGUGUUCAGGUCUGGUUUCAGAACCGCAGAGCCAAAUGGCGUCGGCAGGAAAAAAUGGAUGCCAGCACCAUGAAACUCCACGAUUCACCUAUGCUGUCCUUCAACCGUCAAGCACCAGUUCACACCAGCAUGGGUCCAAUGACCAACUCCCUCCCCUUGGACCCUUGGCUGACCUCUCCCCUGUCCAGCGCUACGCCUGUCCACAGCAUCCCAGGCUUCAUGGGUCCAGCUCAAGGCCUGCAGCCCAGCUAUCCCACUCACAGCUUCCUCAACUCAACUCCUCAUGCUCCCCAUCCUCACUCUCAUCCUCAUCCUCAUCCUCAUCCGUCCAUGGGACAGGGGAUGCAGAGCAUGGCUCCUCCUCCUUACCAGUGUCCAGCACCAUACCCUGAUAAAUACCCUCUGGAGGACGUAAACCAGCGCAGCUCUAGUAUCGCUGCGCUGAGAAUGAAAGCAAAGGAACACAUCCAGUCUAUGGACAAGACCUGGCAACCCAUGUGACUAACAAACAUGGCAGUCCAUGUUAGUGACUCUGGAAAAGGAGACACUGAAGUGGUUUCUUGGAGUUCAUGGUAACAGACACUGACUAAAACUGGACAAAUCAGCAGUGACAUGUUUGGACAGAAGAGGAUGUUGAACUGUGAAAAGUGAGGAUGUGAGAACUUUUUUUUUUUUUUUGUACUUUUUUCCCUCAUCUCAAGGACAUGAAACAGAAAACUGCAGAGUGGUUAAUUUUUUCAUUUUAUACCACAGAGAAUCUUUACAUCUGUUUUCCCUCAUUUGUAUGUGUUUAUUUGUUUGGGUGCUGUGAAAGCAAAUUUAUUUUUGGUGACCCUUGAUCUAAAAUACAGCUUGCAGCUCAGGAAACAUUGCAAUCAAGUUUUUAUCCUUCAGCAUCCUCGCAUGCAUUCUCUCUUUCACUGAAUGGACUCAACGAAGACGUCAUACAACAUGAAAACAACCAAAAUGUAGGAAUUCUUAUUGUUGCCAUCAAUUUUCAUUUAAUUCUGUCAGUCAUUGAAAUCAGUUGAGUCAAACAAAAAAUAUCACAUUACUUUCUUCGCUGAGUUUGUGUUUUUACUAAUUAAUCCAAUUGUCGAAUUUUCAUGGGUCAGCUAAUCAGAGUCUCUGAGAACUUUGUGAAUGAGUGAAGGUCUUGGUUUCAUGUGAAAUCAAAGCAUGAAAGCACAUAAAAUCUUUGACUGCACAUCUCACCAAUCUGUUUAGUUCUGUCUUGAGUUCUAUAACUAGUUUUCAGUUCAUCUCUCCCAUGUGUAGAAUGGUUUAUGUCGCCAUUUACUGCCAAAUUUAGACAUACGAGUCCAUAACUUAGCAAAACACCAUGAGGCACUAUGUCGAGAUGGGAAUCCCUACACAAACUUAAAAUACUAAAAUGUUUGAAAGUGUACUGAAGUCAGACUUGUAAUGGCACCUUUUGUAGACCAGGGCUGAGAAUAUACCAAAAACAAUUCCGCACAGACUUAACGUUUUUCUGACUUGUGCUGAGAUGCUUUAAAGAAGGAAGAAACAAGACAAGGAUGUACGAAGGACAGAAAGACAAGCCAGUCAGAGGAGUAACCCUCUUUUUGCUUGAGUGGCUGUUAGAGGAGAAAACCUGUUGGCAGCUCAGUGUUGGGUGGAUGCGUGUACGUGCGGGGCAGCAGAAAGAGCCCUAUGUUAUGCGUCACCCCACAUAGUUUAGUCUUUGUUCGGCACAAUUGAUCCAAGUGUAUCCUCUUUGUCUGAAGCUGAAGGGGGAAAAAACGGUCUCAGGCUGCACUAAAUAGGCCCUUGUAACCAUUUUGUUAUGGAGGUUUCAAACGAGAAGAAACGUGGAUGGUCAUUAGUGAGACAAUAUUGGUCUUUUACCAUCUGUUACAGAGUUAAGCUUUUAUUGUCUUAAAGGUAGAGGAGAUCGAUUUUAACCCCAACAUGCUUUAUAUGAGUAGUAUCGGGUUGAAUAGAUAAGGUAUAUUUUAGUAUGUAUGUACCUCAUGAACCUGUGCAGGUACAUAUAUUAACUUGGAUCAAGAGGGAGAGAAAAUCGAUAAUCUUAAAGUGCAAUUUCAGAUCCUUUUUAUUUUUUUAUUUUCAUUUUUUUUUAUUAUUUUUUUUCUUUAAAGAAGACUAAUUUUUUUCCGUAGCUGCCCAUUAUCUGGUCGUGAUAUUUCAAUUUAUCAUGAUGUCAAACCGCAGCAAGAAUGGCGACAGUCUUUAGUCAGGCCUGUAUUAAAAUCCAUCAGAGAGGAACAAGUGUUAUAGUCGCUGCUUGUCACUUGUCCUCAUGUAUUUUAUAUAUAUUUUUUAAUGUUGUUGGUUAGCAAUGUUUAGACUCCCUGUUGGACAAUGCAACCGUAGGACCAAUGGAACUCACACCAUAGAGACAAUGAGGGUUUUCUUACACAUUAAAAGCUUCUGUAGGAUGCAACAUAAAUGUGAUUUUGGGCCAUGAAUAAGCCAAAGGUUAGAUAAUGGACAAAGUUGCACUAGAACAGUUUUAAUUUUUUUUUUUUUUUUUUUUUUUAUAUAAACGUGAAAUGUACAGGAUAUCAUCUUACAUGUUUUGUCUGUUUUAGUGACUGUUGUUUUAAAGUGAAGAUCUACUGCAAAUAAAUCUAGUUUGAUAGAAACUUUAUCUCCACGUUCUCACUGCAGCCACUGCUUUCAUGUCGACCUGUGCACUCAUUCCCACACAGUCACAGUAUUUUUUUUUAACCUCACUAAGACUAAAGAGCAAUCCAAGAUUAGAACAGUUUAAUCGUUAUCAUCUGACAUACAUGGGCAGAGACAUUUUUUUUCUUUUCUGUUAACACUUGUGUUCCUCGUCUCUCCCUGUCAUGUAAGAGCUCUUUCUUUUACCCCUCCCAACCCUCUCUGCUGUUCCAUGGUUUGAUGGCAGGGUGCCAGCCUGUUAGGAAGAUGAGACUCCAAUCAAUCAGGGCUUCACAGGGGGGCCUCUGAGCACAGGCCCAGCUCCCUAAUUGCCCCCAGGCAGGCAGGCAGGUCGGCAGGCUCAGCCGCUGCAGCACAUGUUCACAGAGGGACCGGUGCCGCCGCGGUCACUGGCCUCCUCAGCGUGUGAAUCACUUUCCUGGACAGAUGGAGGCCUGAACAGACCUCACUUCAAGGACCAUAUGGAAAAGCCAUGGAUGUAAUAAGGACAAUGUUUGCAUGAUUCUUGAUAAGUGAUUACAUGCUGCAUUUUGUCACAAAGCUCAGCCUCUGAUUUCAAACAACAUUGCAUAUAAACAAAGACUUCUGAUAAACAUAAAAGUUGUUUAACAACACGUACAAACAAAAACACAGAAAUCAUUAAAAAAUAAGUUUUUUUUCAUGACUGAAAAUAAAAACACUUCAACUUUU